AUGAAGGAACAGUUCGUGUGGAGACACUUUUACUGGUACCUUACCAAUGAGGGCAUCCAGUAUCUCCAGGACUACCUUCACCUGCCCCCCGAGAUCGUGCCUGCCACAGCCGACCUGAGACCGGCAGGCCUAGGCCCAAAGGUCUGGAGGGGGAGUGGCCCUCACAGGAGGGGAAGCCGACAGAGAUACUUUCAGACAAGUGCUGUGCCCCCUGGUGCCGACAAGAAAGCCGAGGCUGGGGCUGGGUCAGCAACUGAAUUCCAGUCUAGAGGCAGAUUUGGUCUUGGACGUGGUCAGCCACCCCAGUAA